AUGAAAACUAUGAUAAUGAUCAUAACGGUUCAUGCUGUAUCGUUUAUCGCCCAAAACCUGGCCGUGCACCACGGCGGGCUGUUCGGCUACGACCAGCUGAGGUACCAUUACCGGUCCGAUGUCGACUAUUACGAAUGGCCGAAGAAACCUAUACGAAGGCUCCGCCCGCGGCGGAACAGAAUAUACCGCAUCGGCGAAGACAUAUACGGGAGAGACUUCUACGAGGAUUCCGGGGAUUCCCGCGGCUGUGAAUGCUCGUGCGAUAACUGUGUAGUUCCGAAACGAUGCUGUGCCGAGGCCUGCGCAAUGUGCUCGCCGCGCGACCUCGUUUACGUGCCGUACCCAGUGCCGCUGGUUGUGACAGUUCCAGCCGACGUCACGACCGCUGACGCGUCCACGACCACCUCGACAUGGGCACCGGUACAAACGGAUCACUCGAAAGUGCCUGGGCACGAAACGCAGCCCACCCGCUCCACUGUUCCGCUGACCGGCCAAGGAACAUUCACCAAAACGCAGACAGAGACCGGGUCCACGGCGCCACCGAUCUUGUCCAAAUUGAGAUACUGCCCGCCGAGGGGCAUCUGUAGGGACGCCGACGGCGCACAUUACCACCGGAACAAGUAUCAAGGGCUGCUGAGCGACAGGCCCGCGCCCUACGCGAAGGAGGAAUCGGAGGAAUUCCUCGAAAUCGAGAGGAUUUUGAGGCAGACGAGGCCGGAUCGGCUACCCAAGUACGGUAUAGUGUCGCUCCCCGACAACCUGGCCAAAAUGUUUGGGUCGGAAAUGCAU